UCCAUCUUCAUCCAUCUCUCUCUCUCUCUUCCUCUCUUUCUUCCUCUCUCUCUCUUCCUCUCUCUCUCGCUCUCUCUACGGGGGAUAGAUGGGAGGAGACGCUCUUGCUGAAUGUGUUUUCCCUGCAGCGGGGGUUUACGGUUACGGAGAGGAAGAAAAAGAAGAAGGGCACCGCUCAGAGACUCGGUCACGGAUCCGUUCAUUCGGUGUGAUUUUCAUAACCGCACACUGACCUUUCUCUUUACCGGUGUGCCCGCGUAUUGGCAUCUUUCUUUUUUCUUUUUUUUCCCAUGAAGGCGGAGCGAGGCAUCUUACCCGGGGGUACUAAAGAUGCAGCUGGUAGUGCGGGUACCUGUCCUGGUUUCACACCGGCUCGGUUCGUCCCGGUAGACUGAUCCUGUCCGGUGCUGCGGUGUCCAUAGGGGCCACCAGAGUGAUUUAAAAAAGAAAACAAAAGAAAAACAGGAUCCGCCACCAGCAGCCUGACCGAUGGAUAACUACUCUACUUUACAACUGCAGUGUCUGGAAAUGACCACUAAGCGGAAGCUGAUUGGCCGGCUGGUGCCGUGCCGUUGUUUCCGUGGUGAAGAGGAAGUGAUCUCGGUGUUGGACUACUCCCACUGCAGCCUGCAGCAGGUCCCCAAGGAAAUCUUCAGCUUCGAGAGAACUCUGGAGGAGCUCUACCUAGAUGCCAACCAGAUUGAGGAACUACCCAAGCAACUCUUCAACUGCCAGGCCUUGAAGAAGCUGAGCAUGCCCGAUAACGACCUGUCCAACUUGCCCACCACCAUCGCCAGUUUGGUUAACCUCAAAGAGCUGGACAUCAGUAAAAACGGUAUCCAGGAGUUUCCAGACAAUAUAAAAUGCUGUAAAGGCCUGUCUGUGGUGGAGGCCAGUGUCAACCCUAUCACCAAACUCCCAGAUGGUUUUACGCAGCUCCUGAAUCUGACCCAGCUCUUCUUAAACGAUGCCUUCUUGGAGUAUCUGCCGGCUAACUUCGGCAGACUCUCCAAACUACGGAUCCUGGAGCUGAGAGAGAACCACCUGAAAACCAUGCCAAAGUCCAUCCACAGACUGACACAGUUGGAGAGGUUGGAUCUGGGUAGCAAUGAAUUCACUGACAUGCCGGAGGUGUUGGAACAGAUCCACAACCUGAAAGAGCUUUGGCUGGAUAACAACUCUCUACAGUCUAUACCAGGGUCAAUAGGAAAACUUCGUCAGCUACGGUACUUGGACUUAGCUAAGAAUCGCAUUGAGACGUUGGACACGGAUAUUUCAGGCUGCGAGGCCUUAGAAGACCUGCUGCUAUCCUCCAACAUGCUACAGCACCUCCCUGACACUAUAGGAAUGUUGAAGAAGCUGACAACAUUGAAGGUAGAUGACAACCAGCUGACCUCACUGCCUAACACCAUAGGGAGUGCGAAGCCAAAGCAAGGUCUGUCUCUAUUGGAGGAGUUGGACUGUAGUUGUAAUGAGUUGGAGUCGUUGCCUCCCACUAUCGGCUACCUGCACAGCCUGAGGACCUUCGCUGCUGACGAGAACUUCCUCACAGAGCUGCCCCGGGAGAUUGGUAACUGUAAGAACGUGACGGUAAUGUCACUGCGGUCCAACAAACUGGAGUUUCUUCCUGAUGAGAUUGGACAGAUGACCAAACUAAGAGUCCUCAACCUUAGUGACAACAGGUUAAAGAAUCUACCGUUUACCUUUACUAAGCUGAAGGACCUGGCAGCUCUCUGGCUUUCUGACAAUCAGUCCAAGGCUCUGAUCCCACUGCAGACAGAAGCCCACCCUGAAACCAAACAGAAGGUUUUGACCAACUACAUGUUUCCUCAGCAACCGCGACAUGAUGAGGAUUACCAGUCGGACAGUGACAGUUUUAAUCCUACUCUGUGGGAGGAGCAGAGACAGCAGAGGAUGACUGUGGCCUUUGACUUUGAGGACAAGAAAGAAGAGGAAGACAACUCUGGGAAGGUCAAGGUGGAGAUAAACCUAAAGCGCUACCCAACACCCUACCCUGAGGACCUUAAGAACAUGGUCAAGUCAGUUCAAAGCCUUGUGGGUAAAAGCGUACAUGCGGGACACGGGCACCAACACCAACACCAACACCAACACCAGCACCAGCACCAGCACCAGCUGAGCACAGGCACUGCCACCUCGGCAGGAACCAACAUGGAACACACACACCUCAGCAAAGAACAAUACGAGCCACCGUGGCCCCUGCCUCCCAAAGAGGUCACAGACAGAGAGAUGCAGGACUUCUCUCAGACUCAGCUAAUGGAUCAGGGAUCAAUGCAUAACUCUGGCAUCGACAUUCCCAAGAGGAAGGACAAAGAGGACCUGACAGAGAGCUCUGAGGACUCGAUGGGCGGCUCUCCCAACGACAUCCGUAUAUCUGACAUGAGGCCCACCCUGGUGGAGCCACCUAUGUACAAGCCAAAGGUUGUGCUGCUGGGGAAGGACAAGAAAGAGUCUACAGAUGAGGAGGUGGAUAAGCUUCACUGUCUGAACCACAGCGGCUCCUCAGCCACCUACUCCGACUACUCCCCCUCGCAGGGCUCCUCCGGUUCCUCCAACCCACCCGCCAACGCACACUCGCACACACACACUCACACACACCAACACACUCAAGCCCUGCCGGCUCCCAGCAAGGACCAGGCCCCUCAGACACACUGGACCAACAGACUGGCUCAGUCGUUUCCCAAGCCCAUUGACUCAAAGCCCCUGCUAUCUCAGAGAGAAACCCCUCCAUCAGGAACCCUGCAGCAGCGUGGGGAUCGGCGUCCACUGAGUGAACCUUUUGAUUGGUCUGAGGCCCCUCACUAUGACAACACAGGUUUUGAUGCUGAGGAGUCUCCUCUGGACAAUCAAUCCUCUACUACGAGUCAGGGAAACCCGCCACUGGGCUCCAAACCCCGCAGCCAGUCAACACACGGGCGCCGCCCUCUCCUCAGGCAAGAACGUAUCGUAGGAGUUCCUCUGGAGCUGGACACUCAGACGCUCCCCUUCCACGGCAACCAACGCUCAACUCCAGACAAUGACCCACAAUCCUCUGGCCAUCCUUCCCAAAAUCCUUGGCAGAACUGGACUAGAACCCCCAGCCCGCUGGAGGACCGAACCGCUUUUCCUUCCAAACUGGACCUGACGCCCACUUCCAGCCCCAACCCUGAUCGCAAGGACAUGGAUUCAAGACUGGAACAAGGCACAGGACCUUUGCCCGGCAGCUGGACAUACCACAACAAUCAGGGGGAACAGAACAGGAAGGAUCAACUGAAUGUCAUUGGGGGCAACAAGGUAACCGUGGUAAUGAGUAAAAGCUCGGACCGCUUGUCCCCCAUGAUGAGGGAGACGAGAUCCAAGUUUAAGAAGUCACAGAGCAUCGAUGAGAUUGACAUCGGCUCAUACAAGGUCUACAGUAUUCCCGUGGACAGCUACAGUUCAUCCAUUGAGCAGCAGACUAGUUUGGACCGUCAAGAUUUGCCUGGUUCUAUGGAGCAGACCAGCAUGGCACGGUCACAGUCUGCCCCCAUGUUAGACGAUGAGUUGGGCUACCCGGGACACGGAGCCAGCAACCAGAACCAGUCGGGACAGAACCAAAAACCUGCCAUCCCACACAAGGCCUACCAUUUUGACCACAACUACAACCCCCAGGUGACCAUGGACCGUCGGGUCCCUCCCCCCUUCCCCAACACACCAGAUUAUGUCAACCACUCAUCGAAGGCCUUGGAGUACAUCAAUCAACCAGGGAAGACAUUACCCAAGGAGUUGGUGAGCCCUCGAUAUCGUGCAUAUCCACCACUGGAGAUGUUUUCUUUCCCCCAAUCGCCAAUCAACCAGGAUGGACCGCCCAGCCAGCAGCAGCAUCCAAUCCCAACACAGCGCUCCAGGCCAGGGUUUUUGCGGAGAGCAGAUUCAUUGGUGAGCUCUACAGAGCUUGCUUUGUUCCGCAGAGUCCAUGAAGCCCAGCAGGAGGCGCUGCAGGAAGCUCAGUACAGACAGCAGGCGGACCCCCCUCUUUAUGGUCGGGCUCUUGUCUACUCCAGCCCCAUGGAGCACUCUGCUCUCACCAAUAUGGCCGACAGCCAGAGCCAGAUGCUGCACAACAAGAGAAAUGGUCGCUACGAUGACGACUAUCCCACCUACCAGGAACAGAAGAAGCCCAUGAUUGGUUAUCCGACCAAGAGCCUGACUCAGCGCCGCCCGCUGUCUGCCAGGAGCUACAGUACUGAGACCUACGGAGCAUCUCAGGCACGUCCAGUGUCAGCUCGUCCCACCAUGGCUGCCCUGCUGGAGAAAAUGCCCCCUGACUAUGCUCUGGCAACCUGCCCUGAGAAACCAACUGAUGACACCAUCAAAGUAAGACCUGUCGUACCACAGAAACCUGAAGACAUCACCUCCAGGAUGCCUGCCGAUUGGAGGCAACAGCUACUUAGGCACAUAGAAGCCAAACGAUUGGACAGGAGUGGUGUCCUAAAGCACAACACGCUCACGCUGGGCAUGCUCUGUCAGGGCGGGGGUCACGGCCAGGGGCGCAGCAGCACUUUGAACUUUAACCUUUACAAUAACACUAAGCAUGAGCCCCCUGCUGGCCGCUGGCUGCCACUACCUCCUCCUCCGUCUGCUAACGCUACCCCAUCUCAGCAGGCUGCCAUGCUGGAUAAUGACCAGGAGGGGGUGUCAGGGAGCAACCAGUGGGCUCCCUACUCACUUGGGAGGAGGGAUGUCCCACCUGACAACCUCAUGAAAAAGAGUGCCCACUCCCAUAACCCUUCGCAUCAAUCACACAACACACACAUGAUCGCCACUUCCUCUUCCUCCUCCUCGUCCACUACGCCCCAUCGUGUGGUCGGGCAGCAGGGCUACGAUGGCAUGAUGAAUAAAGGCCAAUACCAACCAGGGAUGCCCUUGUCAGUGGUUCCUUCUGGGGGGCCGGGGCAGUACCAAAGCACCAUGCCUCAAGGCCUUCCUGCUCCUGGACAGGCUUACCCUAGCUCCGGCCUGCCCAUGGCCCUGUCCCCGUCUGGGAACCAGCCCCAGUACAACCCCCAUACUUCCCACUCCUCCCAUCAGCCAGCCACCAACCCCCAGUACCACAGCAGCCAGGGCAUGGUCCAUAGCAACCAGGUUAUCAUGACCCAUACCAACCCACGUCCUCAGAGCGCUCGCUGCCUGUUGCAGACUAAAGGCCAGAAGAGCACGGAUGGUUUCCAGGAACAGUUGUGUGUAAGAAUAGAGAAGAACCCUGGUCUUGGUUUCAGUAUCUCUGGUGGCAUCAGUGGCCAGGGGAACCCCUUCAAACCCUCCGACAUGGGUAUCUUUGUUACUAGGGUACAGCAUGACGGGCCCGCCGCCUCUGCCCUGCAGCCCGGGGACAAGAUACUGCAGGCCCAAAGCAUCAGAGCUUUACCUCUUUGUGGCCCAGAUCUGAUCUGCACACAGUGGGAGCAGUGUGAAAACUGUUUCUUAACAUUUGGUAACCAUCACCUCUGGGGAAGUGUCCUGACCUCUGGCCUCCCUGUGGAAAGCAAUGAGAGAAAAGAGAAUGUCCCUACAAGAAUCAGUAAGGUAUAACACACAGUGUUAGUGUCUUAAUGGGUAAAUCUGUAGUGAAUCAGAGUUUCCCUUUUUAGACAAUCAGGGAAAGAUCUGCUCUGCGUCACAAGACUUUUGUUUAAACUUGAAAUUUCAGUGUAACUUUUGUAACCUGAAGAGAUGCUCAUUGACUCUAGGUGGACAACUUAGUUGAUGAAUGUUAAAAAUUAUAUGUGGAUAGAGUCAGAUAGUAUUUGGAAUAUGACAUUAAGAAGAGCAGGGAAACAAAGAAAAGUAGACUCAGAUGUAGAAACUGAGCGUUUUUUGGAGCCAUGUCAAUGUGGCUUUGGCCAUGCUUCAGAAAUUGUACUGGCAUGACAAAAGUAACCACAGAAAAAGAGCGAAGAGGUUCAUUUUCUGUCUUUGUGUAAAUGCAACACAUGUCUUGAAGACUUUUCAUGACAGGGAGUUUUGUUCUGUUCUGUAUAACAUCUGAUGUUUCAUUCAGAGCAAAACAACAUCCUUCACUGUCCUUUGCUUUUACUUGACAUGACAGUGUCAUCCUGUGCCCAUUUUGUGUCAACUCUUUUAAUAAGAGUUAGAAUUUAGUUAAUUCAAUAUAAGGGACACAAAAUGACACAGUUUAGUCAUGUGGUUGAGAGAUCUUAACCACAGGUACUCACCUAACCCUAUUUAGAGUUUUAGUUUGAAUCAAAGAUAUUGUGAUGAGAACAGAGAAAAAGGUUUGAUAAUAUAAUUAUUUUUUACUACAUGUUUCAGGUAAUUCUUUCUAAAUAUAUUGAUAUACCUUAGCUUUGCUCAAAAAUUGUGAUAUUUUAUAAUAAUGACACUUAUAACAAAGUUAUGGAUGGAAGUACGCACAGUAUGACUUGGAGACCUACACAUGUACUAUCCAAAACUGUAUAAAAUGUAUUUCUACUGUAAUUGUGAAUUUGUGUUAUACAAAUAUAUAUUAUAUAUAUAUGUAUAUGACUAUAAAAACAGUCAUUUUCUAUGUGUUUAAACUACAUAAGAGCUGAACAAAUGGAGGACGGUGUCACUGUACAUAGCUGUGAAUGAAAUCCAAUUUAAAAUGACUCAUAUUGAUUGUGAAUGUACUCAUGCUUUCUGCAGUACCUACACCUACCCAACUUGAAUGCUGCUUCUUCUGUUGUGUGACAAAAAGUACUUUGACCUCCGAAAAAGAGAACCGCUGUAAAGUUAUAAGUUGGACAAAUUUUAGUGACGAUUUAACAAAACUAUUUAUUUCUUUAUUUAUUUGCACAUGCAAGUUGAACUCCUUCCAGUUUUAAGUUUGAGUAUUAAUGCGGAGAAAUGUAAUUGCAGAAGUAUAUAUAAUAUAUAUCAUGUGUUUAGAAUGCAUUUUGCAGAUGCUAUCUGUACAUACUAUUUAAGAUACAGUUUUUACAAAAAAUAAUAUAUGUAUAAAAUUGAAAAAAUGCUGUGCAGCGAUUAUACUGGAGCCAUUUUGGGCUUUGGGACGUACCAUUUUUUCAGUAUAUAAGAAGUGUUUUGAAUAAUGUACUAAAGUCUCUAUUGUACAAAUAAUAAAAAUGUCACUAUUGGUAA